CCGGGAAGGCCCGCCUCCACCCUCCCCUCCUCUCCCCCGGCUGCUUUUGCCCUCCGGCCCGGGCCGCCUCUUCGUGGAGCGGCCCCGCGAUGGCAGUGGCGGCGACGGCUUGGCGAGCGUUGCGGAGGGUCGGGCUUGGCGCACGGACCGGGCCGCGCGGUUCCUUGCUGGGUUGGCCCAGCAGCAGCAGCAUCGUACGCAGCCCCGAGGCCCGGCGGCUCAGCACCAGUCCUGCGUUGCUGCUCGCCGCUCGUCGGUUUACAGACAAGCACGAAUGGAUCGCCGUCGAAAACGGAAUUGGAACGAUAGGAAUUAGCAACUUUGCACAGGAAGCGUUAGGGGAUGUUGUUUAUUGCAGUCUUCCAGAAAUUGGAACAAAGCUGAACAAACAAGAUGAGUUUGGAGCCUUGGAAAGUGUGAAGGCUGCUAGUGAAAUCUACUCUCCCGUCACAGGAGAAGUCACAGAAAUUAACACCGCCCUUGCUGAUAAUCCUGGACUUGUCAACAAAUCUUGUUACCAAGAUGGUUGGCUUAUCAAAAUGACUGUGGAUAAUCCUUCUGAACUGGACGAACUCUUGACUGAAGAUGCGUAUGAAAAAUACAUCAAAUCCAUGGAAGAAUAGCUAGAAGGUGGCAAGCUGAGCCAGUACCCAGCUACUUUCUUUGACAUAGAUGGCCCCAAAUUACUGGCACAAAGAGAAGUUGGCACAGCAGCUGGUGGAGGAAAUUUUCAACGGGGGGCAAAAAUACUGCCUUUCUUCCAAUUGAGUUAAAGGCAGCCCACAAAUGUAAAUUAAAAUGUUUGUGGCUUCUCUUAGGACAUCAGGAAUCGUUUCGACUUCCCCCCCCUCCAUCCUGAUGAAUAUAAUUCCAAAGUUUGAAGUCCAUAAUUCUCUGGGCUAGAAUGAGCUUUGUUCCUGAAAUAAACCCAGAGGGUUAAUAAGAUAGAUCUGGAAGCUGGUUGCAACAGCCUUAAUUCCAACGUCUAUGUUUUAUUUGUACAGAUUUUCUUUUCUUUUCUUUUCCACCCAUUUUUUUCCCUGGGCGUCUGGUGUUGGUCAUCUCCCAGAAGCUGUCCUGCUGCCUUUGAUAUUAGUGAAAGUCCUCAGAGAUUAGAUGGUUCAAAAGUACAAGGGUUGGGCUGGAGACAUGGAGACCUCCAGCUAAGUCUUCCUGCCUCGCAGCCGAUAAGAUAACAGAAAGUUAAUAAAAAAUGCUGACUUUA